UUAACCAGCAAGUCACAGUCGGACAUUGGUCAAUGAUACCAGCGCUGUUCACCCAGUUAAAACAGAAUGGAAGGUGCUAGGAAUAUACCAACAAUAUCGGAACUACGAGUACAAGUUCGCCAACUUCUUAAAGAAAGAGAAGAAGAUUUGAACGUUUUGGUUGUAGGCCUCCCUGGAUCAUGUAAAUCAACGCUGAUAAACUCCAUGAACAUGGCGCUCGCAGAGCAAUGGCAUGAGCUGGCUCAGUUUGGAAAGGGAGAUAGCAAUAAGACGCUUUGGGUGAAGAAGAUUCUAAUGUUCCAAGACAAGUUCAUGAAUGAGAAAGUGGAAAACUACGAGAAAAAGGUGUACUUUUGGGACUGUGCAGGUAUUGAGAAUCUAUCGGAUGAGGCGUAUGGGGAGUUUAUCGGCCUGACUUUAGAUGGAAAAGUUCCAGAUGGAACACAUUUAUUUGACAGCGUCAAGAAAGAGAGACAGUUAGUGACAGUCAGAGAUCUCCGUAAAAAGUUUGCGACCGUGAACCAAGAGAACAGGUUUCACAGGCUCCUGUUCCUCUGUCCUUGUGACAACGCAGCUCCAGAAAACUUGCUGAAACUGGUCAAGGAUACAACUACACCCCAGGGUAACAAAAGCAGAAACCUACCGGUAUUUCUGGUUAUGAGCAAGGCCGACAAAAUCCCGGACGGCCAGCGUCUGCAAGAAAUGGGUGAGUACAAGAAAAGGAAGAGUAAAGCAGAGAGUGCACUAGUCCUUGUCGGCAACAAGAAAAGGACAACAGAACUGAAACUUUAUCAUGCAGCUGUCGAGGGGCAAGAUGUGGGGUGUGAUGUAGAUGUGUUUGGCAAUUUUUUGCCAGACGAAGAAAUUGACAAAGGCCUUCUUAUUUUGUUAUGCAACCUUCUUGCUCCUUCCUAUGAUCAACAUUUGGCAUACAAUGAAAACACUAGUACUGAUUCAUUUGAGCCAAGUCAACAAUGCGUAGUUUCGUAAUAUUUUGCCUUCAUGCACGUAACAUGAGUGAUUGAGAAAUUGGAUCAUAAGGUAGACGAUGGCAACAAUAAUGCAUUAGCAGCAUGAAGUCAAUGGUAGGAGCAACAUUGGCAACGUAAGAAACUUUCGCAUAACACACCAAGAUAUUCGUCAAGUUUGUACUUAAUUGACUGAAAUGUCUAGUCAAUCCUAGAUACUGCACGGUAUUGUAUAUAUGGUGAAAACAAUUUAGCUAUGAUCUACAGCUGCUGGUGUUGGAAUUAGUUCUUAAGUUGUCGAAAGAGAGGAAAAGUUAAACAAACACUCCCCUAUGCCUCUUCAUCUGCGAUUGAUGCAUAUGAUUGUGAUUUUAACACUAUGGUUAUUCUAAAAAAUAUGUCGAAAUCAGUACCUUGUAAGAUUUCAUUUAUUCAUGUAAAAUGUUUGGACGUGCAGACACAAAAAGAAUUACAGCCGAAAUAAGCCCAACAUUUACACAAAAUAAAAAUACAGACGGGGUCACUCGAGUUAUGGUCGAUUUGCUGCAGAUCUAAUAA